AUGACCUCCAUUUCUCUGCUUGAUUCGCUCCCGGAUGCUGAUUUGAUAACUCCACCAGAUGUCUCUGCAAGCACCCUGAGGCAGGCUUUGAAAGACAUGAGUUUGGUGGUUGGGCCUGAGAAUGUUGAGGUGUGCACCAGGGAGACCAUGAAGCCCGAUAAGGAUGGACACUACUACAACCUUCCCAAAGAGCAUGACUUGUUCUACGUCUUGGAAAAGGACGUUUUCCUCGCUAGUGCUGUGGUCCGGCCAGGCUCAACUGAAGACGUCUCUGCCAUUGUGAAACUGGCCAACGAAUUUUUGACACCAUUAUGGCCAGUCUCCAUGGGUCGAAACCUCGGGUAUGGAGGCUCGGCACCGCGUCUUCGUGGCAGCAUUGUUCUCGACGUGGGUGCCCGCAUGAACAAAGUGCUGCAAGUCAAUGACCGAGACUGCACCUGCCUUCUCGAGCCUGGUGUUUCGUACUUUGCGCUCUACGAUUAUCUUCAGAAGAAUGGAUUCCAGCAUCUUUGGAUCGACAACCCUGACCUGGGAGGUGGGUCCGUGGUCGGCAAUGCUCUGGAUCGAGGUGCCGGUUACACUCCGUAUGGGGAGCACUUUUCGAUGCAUUGUGGGAUGGAAGUCGUCCUGCCCACCGGAGAAGUGAUGCGCACGGGGAUGGGUGCGUUGCCAAACAACAACACCUGGCAGACGUUCCAGUACGGGUUCGGCCCCUAUCCGGACGGAAUCUUUACACAGUCGAAUUAUGGCGUUGUCACCAAGAUGGGAUUUUGGCUCAUGCCUGACCCUGGUGGUUAUCAAUCAUACCUGUUCUCUUUCCAGAAUGACACUGAUCUUCCGGCGAUUGUGGAAGCCAUUCGUGUUCUCCGGAUUGGCAUGGUUAUCCAGAAUGCGCCGACAAUCAGAUCGACACUCCUCGACGCUGCUGUUUACGCCCAGAAGUCUCAAUAUACAGACUCCAAAGAAGUCCUGACAGAUCAAGAGAUUGAUGCCAUCGCCAGAAAGAUCGGGGUUGGCCGCUGGAACAUUUACGGUGCCAUGUACGGCCCGAAGGCAAUGCGUGAGCUGCAGUGGGAGGUUCUGAAGAACACGUUUAUGCAAAUUCCUGGAGCAAGAUAUGAAUUCCCAGAGCCCCUGACAGAUGGUGCCCAAGAGACCGUUCUUCACAUGCGCGAGGAAACUCUCAAGGGCAUACCCAACACCUACGAACUGGGAUGGCUGGACUGGACCUGCAAGCGAGGCUCACUGCUGGGAUUCUCGCCCAUCUCGCCCGCCACAGGCAUAGAUGCCAAUAAGCAGUAUGAAAUGGUGAAGCGGCGACUCGGCGAGUUCGGGUUCGAUUACCUUGGCACGUUCGUCGUGGGAUGGCGCGAGCUUCAUCAUAUCGUGUGCUUGACGUUUGACAAGUCAGACCCUGGUUCUCGGAAAAGGGCACACCGAUGCAUUGAACUCUUGAUCGACGACGCAGCCGCUGAGGGCUACGGUGAGUACAGGACACACCUGUGCUACAUGGACCAGAUUGCGAGCGUCUACAACUGGAACAACGGGGCCUCGCUUAGAUUCAACGAGCAGCUCAAGGACAGUCUGGACCCGAACGGCAUCCUCGCGCCGGGGAAGAGCGGCGUGUGGCCGAAGCGGCUCCGCGGACGGGGCUUCGAGAUCCGGCGGACGCAGGCGUAUGGUAUAAAAGAAAAUAAAGCCGCCGGGGGUAGUGACAGCGGGACUCUGAUAGGGCAGUUGCCUGCAAGUCUAUAA